ACCCAAUUUUUCUCAAUUCUCAUUUUCCCAAACACCCCCUAUUUUCUCUCUCCUCAAUUAAAUCAAUUAUGGGUGAAGUUAACGGAGACUAUGACGGCAGGCUCUACAUCACCGGAGUUGAAGAAGAGGAGGAAAACAUACACGAGUGGGAAUUAGGUUUACCGAACUUUGACGACAUCGCGCCGUUAAGUCAGGGUUUGAUUCCGCUGGAACUCUUAUCGGCGUUUAAUAUUAAGCCGGAACCCUAUCGGACUUCCGGCGAGGUUACUCAAGCUUCCGAGGACACACUCUCUAUCCUCUGCGGCUCGAAUUACAAGGAUUUUUGCGAGGAGAAUGAUGAUGAUGAAUCGGGAACGAAGAAGCAGCGGAGGACCGACUCGCCGGAAGAUGCCGAUUCGGCGGCGGCGGAGGUUGCGGCGGAGGCGGCGAUGGGUGGUGAUUUUGGCACAGGUGGCGGUGGUGGUGAGAAGACGGUGAAGAGGUCGAGGUUGGUGUGGACGCCUCAAUUGCAUAAGAGGUUUGUGGAUGUAGUGGGACAUUUAGGGAUAAAGAACGCGGUGCCAAAGACGAUCAUGCAGUUAAUGAAUGUGGAAGGUUUGACUAGAGAAAACGUUGCUAGUCAUCUGCAGAAAUAUCGGCUUUACUUGAAGAGGAUGCAAGGGGAUGACUUCGACGGAGGGUCGAAUUCGUCAUCGGAAAAUGGGAAUGGAAAUGGGAACGGAGCGAUGUCGGGUUCGGUACCAGUGAUGGGAAUGGGAAUGACAGGAAUGGGGAAUUAUAAUGGGUUUGAGCAGCAUCAAAAUCAUAAUUACAGUCACAAUCAACCGCAUAAUAACAAUCAUUAUAAUUACAAUCAGUAUAGUAAUGGGAAUGGGAUGAUGAUGCAAUCAGGGAAUAAGUAUGGUUCAAUGGUGUCUUAUCAUCAAUCUCCAACUGUUGGUCCUGGUAAUAACUGAAGAUAAAAGAGCUGAUCUUGGAUUUUUUUGAGAAAGAUUGAGUGAUUCAACAAAUCAAGUUCCUCCAUUGAAAAGGUACUAUAGAACUCAGAAACGCUUCACACAAGUGAGUGACAUGGGAAAAUUUCAGAUGCCUCCGAUGUAUGGAUGACUCAUGUUCAAGUCGGAAGAAGUAAAAACUUGUGUAUAUCUUGCCGCUGUCAUGUGUAGAGGAAAGAUUUCUGUCAUGGUUCAUUCAGGCUACAUAUACCACACCGUCUCGAGAAUAUGUUUCCAACGUGUUUUUGAGAUCGAUGUACAAUUGAUUUUAGCAUAACGCUGUAUCUUCCUUUUCAGUUGUCAAGCUGAAGCAAGACAAGAAAGAUGAACAGAUUUUCUAACAACUUUGUUGUCUUUGAUUAUCUAGGAACACCGUACCAAGAAUAUGUUUCUGACAUGCUUUUGAGAUGGAUGUACAUUUGAUUUAAGUGUAACAUUGUAUCUUCAUUUUCAGUUUUCAAGCUGAAGCAACACAAGAAAGAUGUACAACAGAUUAUCUAACAA